GCACUUAAAAGGGUGAGUUUCAACUGUUUACUCCCUCACUCACCACAUAUUUAAAAUAUCGACUUGAGUUUUUGAAUUGUUGGAGAAUGACAGACGAUAUAAAGAAGUACAAGUAUGAGGAAAUCUCAAACAAAGUGCUCCGUACUGAUAAGCGACUCUUGGAUACUGGUUCUUUUGCUGAUUCAGCAGACACUAAUCCACAUUCGAUAAAGGGAAGAGUGACUGCUCAAGACUUUGGCUCCAAUAUAAAAGAUUCUAAAGUGCGAAGAGACUCCGAGGAGCAAGAAGAGAUUGUGAAGUAUGUUGAGAGCUCCAAUAAAAGCGCAAAAACAACUCGAGACAGGCAACGAAAAAGGCUUAGAAGCAAGACGGCUUCGUUGUUAGAAACAGAUAUUAUUGACACGGUAAACUAUGUUCCAACAACUGAAUCAAAUGUUCUAGUGUACAAUCAGAUUGUCGAAUGGUGCAGUAAGAAACUUGACAACGAUUUACCAGAUGAUAUUGUAAACUCGUUAGCAGACAUAGUCAUCGAAAUUUUGAAGUCUGGUGACCCAAACUCGCUAGUCAAGAAACAGCAAAUAUUGCAUAUUCUUAAGCAAGAAGUGUCUGACGAAGAUUUUUUAAAAUUGUACUCUUUGGUCAAUAGCUUAUCCGAUUAUGAUCAAAAGCCCAGAAAUGGAGGUGAUACGGAUGGAGACGGUUUGGGAAUAUUAAUAGACUCUGAUGAUGAUGAAAAUGGCGACGAUGAUGACGAUCAUGAUGAUCAUGACGGAGAGAGAGAAGACGAUGACGAUGACGAUAAUGACCAUGAAGAUAGGGAAAAUUGGGAAAGAGACCAGAAUGAACAUGAGCUACUCAAUGCGGAUGUUGAAGACCCUGAGUCUGUGGUAAAAUUAGUGAAUAACAAAACCAGUGCUGAACAAUUAGAUUAUAAAUCGAUAGACAAGUAUUGGCUCAAUCGACAAUUGUCAAAAUACGAGACUCAGAUAGACUCCUAUAAAUAUGCCGACAUUUCAAAACAUAUCUACGAACAACUAGAUUUACUGAUAGCUGGGAAAAUUGACUUGCGGGUUUUUGAACGUGAGAUCAUAUCUAUUCCUGAUUUUGAAGUGAAUGAUUUCCUGCACACUCUUCUACAUAAUUAUAAAAAAAUUUACUAUGCAAUAAAGCUCUCCAGGACAGAUGAUGAAAAUGAGAAGGCCAAUUUGGAAUCUAUACUAGCAUCCUUGAAUACAACAAGUACAAGAAAACGAUUGCUUGAUUCUGGUAGCUCACAAAACUUUUUGAAACGCCAGAAAGUCAUCAAAUCGGACAUUACUUCUUCAGAAGCCUUGAGUGAGUAUCCAAGAAACAUAGAUAUAAACAACUUGGUUUUCACGCAAGGGUCGAAGCUAAUGACGGUGUCCAAAUUUGAGUUGCCAAAAGGAUCAUUCAAAAGAACUAGAAAAAGUUGGGAAGAGAUUCAUAUACCGGCUCCGGAAAAAGCAAAGCAAUCACCAGAUGAGGUACUUGUUCCGAUAUCAGACUUGCCAGAAUGGAGUCAAUCUGUGUUUCCUUCUGGAGAAAUGCUAACCUUGAAUCGAAUACAAUCAAAAGUUUACCCGAGCGCUUUCAAAAGCGACUGUAAUAUAUUGAUGUGCGCACCGACAGGUGCAGGUAAGACGAAUGUUGCAAUUUUAACUGUGUUGAGAACAUUGUCGAAUUUUAGAAAUACGAGUGGAAAAUUUCAGCUACAAAACUUCAAAGUCGUUUAUAUUGCACCUUUGAAAGCAUUGGUUCAAGAGCAAGUCAGGGAGUUUGACCGAAGAUUAUCUCAUCUUGGUUUAACUGUCAAUGAAUUAACAGGUGAUUCUAAUUUGACUAAGCAUCAAAUAGAGUCGACUCAAAUCCUCGUCACGACUCCUGAGAAAUGGGACGUCAUAACCAGAAAAAAUAAUGAUGCUUCAUAUAUCAAUUUGGUUCGUUUGAUCAUCAUCGAUGAAAUCCAUUUACUUCAUGAUGAAAGAGGACCCGUAUUGGAAAGCAUUGUUGCUAGAACUAUCAAAAAUAUGGAUGAAAACCUUGAAAAUAGAGUCAGGUUUGUAGGAUUAUCUGCAACCUUACCGAAUUACAGAGAUGUUGCUCAAUUCUUGAGAGUUGAAAAGGACGGUUUAUUUUACUUUGAUGCCUCUUACAGACCUUGUCCUCUUGCACAGCAGUUUAUUGGUAUCACUGAAAAGAAAGCAUUCAAGAAAUACGAGGCAAUGAACGAAGUUUGUUAUGAAAAAAUUAUUGAAAAUUUAUCCGAAGAUAAUCAGGUUAUUAUAUUUGUCCAUUCUAGAAAAGAGACAGCAAAAACUGCAAAGUGGCUAGCAAACAAAUUGAUAGAAGAAGAAAACCUGACCAGUUCAAUGAAGUUUUCAAGUGGUGUCAAAGAAAUAUUGAAGAUUGAAGCUGAAAAUGCUUCUAAUAAAGGUCUCAAGUCUGUUUUGGGUUCAGGGAUAGGAGUUCAUCAUGCUGGUAUGAAUAGAGAUGAUAGGAAAACUGCAGAAGAUCUAUUUGCCGAGGGGCAUAUUAAGGUUUUGGUUUCUACUGCCACUUUAGCUUGGGGUGUCAAUCUACCUGCUCACACUGUUAUCAUAAAAGGAACAAGUGUAUAUUCACCGGAAAAAGGAACAUGGGUAGAUCUAUCGCCCCAAGAUAUUCUCCAGAUGCUUGGUAGAGCCGGUCGUCCAAGGUAUGAUACUCAUGGUGACGGUAUUAUUAUUACUUCCCAGGAUCAAAUUAAAUAUUAUUUAGCAAUUUUAAACCAGCAGCUUCCAAUUGAGUCUCAAAUGUAUUCCAAGCUCACUGAUAGCAUUAAUGCAGAAAUUGUGGCUGGGUCAAUCAGAUCAUUAAAAGACUGUAUUUCUUGGAUGGGAUAUACAUAUCUUUAUGUACGUAUGCUUCAUUCUAGAGAUAUUUAUUAUGUGGGACCAUCAUAUGACAAUGAUCCUGAGCUUAUUGAAAGGAGAAAAGAUCUUGGGUAUUCAGCUCUUCUCAUUCUUGCUAAAAAUGGUCUGAUAAAAUACAAUUUCUCAAAAGACUUGAUCUUGCCUACUAGCCUGGGUAGGAUAGCAUCCUAUUACUACAUCAGCUAUAGAAACAUGAGAAACUUUGAAGACCAAAUCAAACCACAUUUUUCGGAGAUUGAAUUAUUUAGGCUUUUUGCAAGUUCUGAAGAAUUCAAGUAUGUGCCUGUGAGAAGGGAGGAAAAGGCUGAGUUGCAAAAACUUGUGGAAAAAGCACCUAUACCAAUUAAUGAAGAUGUGGAAGAUCCUUCAUCUAAAAUCAAUGUCUUAUUGCAGGCUUAUAUUUCUGGCUUAAACUUAGACGGUUUUGCCUUGAUGGCGGAUAUGAUAUUUAUAUCACAAUCAGCAGGUAGGCUAUUUCGUGCUUUGUUAGAAUUAGCCUUGAGAAAGGGUUGGGCCAAACUUUCAAGAACAUUAUUGAGCGUGUGUAAAAUGGUGGAGAAGAAAUUGUGGCUAACGGGUACGCCUUUGAGGCAGUAUCCAGAUGUCCCGUUUGACCUCAUAAACGUGGCUGAAAAAUCUUUGACACCCUGGAAAUACUACCUUGCGUUAACUGAUUCCUCAAUAAUUGUCAGAUCAUUGAGAGCAGAAAAGUUUGGUAACCUGGCUUCAGAAUUAGUGAAAAAAUUUCCUCAGAUUGAAGUUGACUACAACUUACAACCGAUCACUCCUAGUUUGCUACAGGUAGAUCUCAAUAUCACCCCUCAUUGGAAAUGGGACGUUAGUUUACAUGGUUUCACCGAAUCUUUCAUCCUUUUACUUGAAGACUGUGAUGGAGAAAGAAUAUUAUAUGUUGAUAGAUUUGUGGUCCAUAAAGAUUAUAUUAACCAGACCCAUUCUCGGACCUUUACUGUCCCCAUAUUUGAAAUUGAGCAACCAAACUACUUCAUAUCUUUAGUUAGUGAGAAAUGGCUUUUUUGUGAGACAAGAGUUCCUGCUAUUCUAUCUAACAUCACCGUCCCCCAGAAAUUCCCUAUCACGACUCCACUUAUUGAUUGUGCCUUGGUUCCCAUUACGGAACUGGGUAUCAAAGAAUUUGCUUCUGUUUUCCAUUUCGAGUUUUUUAACAAAUUCCAGUCUCAGGUUUUUGAUACAGUUUAUAAUGAUGAAAAGAGUUUGUUGCUCGCCUGUUCAAAAGGUAAUGGUAAGACGACUACAGCUAUUUUAUCAAUCUUGAGACAUUGGAAGAGCAACGGUGGUAGAGCAGUUUACAUUGCUCCCAGUCAAACCUUUGUGGACCUUUUAUUGAAAAAGUGGAAAAAAAAGCUUUCUAAAUUGGCAGGUGGAAAAGUUAUAUCCAAACUUAGCGGAGAUUUAAGUGUGGAUCUUCAAUUGCUAUCCCAGUCGCAUUUGAUUCUAUGCACUCCAGAGCAGAUUGAAACUGUUUCAAGACGUUGGCAGCAAAGGAAGAGUAUACAAGCUAUUGAGCUCAUCAUUGCUGACGAUUGUCACACAAUUGGAUCUGGCCAUCAAGGUACUUUCUACGAAAUUGUUGUAAAUAGAUUCAGAUAUCUUGCCACCAACUUUGAGAAGAAAAUACGGUUUGUUAUGUUGUCCUCAUCUAUUGCAAGCUACAAGGAUUUUGCUGAUUGGGUUGAUAUACCAAAGCAGAAUCUUUUUGUUUUCGAUCCAAGAGAGAGAGUUUUUCCAUUGGAAAUUAAGUUUGAUUAUUUUGAUAUCACUCACAAUCCAUCAUUACUAAAAUGUUUGAUCAAACCAAGCUAUAAAGCUAUCAAUGGUAUGAAUUACCGUAAGGGUGAACAAACAUGCUUAGUUUUUGUUCCAGAGCGAAAAAAUUUAGUUGAUUUCUCUAGAAGCUACAUUCAAAAAUUGGAAAUAGACGGUUUAAGCUGGCUUCAAACUGAUGAAGAAUCUAUUAAUUUGCUUCUGGCCAGUGUUCAAGAUCCGGCACUAAGCACAAGCUUGAAGUUUGGAAUUGGUUACUGCCACGAAAAUAUGGCUGUCGCUGAUCAAAAGAUUGUGCUAAAUUUAUUUGAAGCCGGGGCUUUAAAAUGCUUGUUGGCUACUAAAGAUGCAUCCCGCUGGUGUCCCUUUGCGAAUAUGAUUCUAGUAUUGGGAACUAAGGAGUAUGAUGGAAGAGAGCAUAUGUAUGUUGAUUACAGUAUUGAUGAUAUAUUGGAAAUGGUAAACCUUGCUAGAAUUAAUGAGGAAAACAUUUCCAGAGCAAUUGUUUUCACAAACUCCUCUAAACUGGACUAUUAUAAAAGAUUUGUGGCUUUAUCACUUCCACUUGAGAGCCACUUGAAUAACUUCAUUCAAGAUGCGCUGAUAAGUGACAUCGGCUUGAUAAAAAAUAGACAGUACGCCGUUGACUGGAUCACAUACUCGUUGUUUUAUAGAAGGUUGCAACUGAAUCCAUCUUUCUACAAAUUGAAAGAUAAUUCAGAAGACAGUUUAUCAGAGUAUCUUUCUGAAUUGAUUGAAAAGACUUUGGGUGAGCUUCAGUCAGCCAAGCUCAUAGAGCUAGAUAUUGAUAAUGAGUACAAUGAUGACAAGGAUGAGAGCAUUAAUGAAGAUGAAAAAACAGAAUUAAGGCCGCUCAAUGGAUGUCUUAUUGCCAACUACUACAAUGUCGCAUACCUAACGAUGGAAAUGUUAGGGCAAUUGAAUGAAAAGAUGAGAUUGAAAAAAAUUCUUGAGGUCGUUUGUUUAGCAACUGAGUUUGAAGAUGUUUUAAUCAGAGACGAUGAGAAAACUUUGCUUUUCAAAAUAUACAAUAGCCUUCCACUGAAAUGGUCAUUUGAUGUUGAUUUUGAGUCCGCAGGAUUGAAAGUUUUCAUUCUACUACAAGCACACUUUUCGCGUUUGAAACUAAAACCUGAUCACCUAGCGGAUCUAAGCACAAUAUUACCUAAAGCCACAAAGAUCUUGUACGCUUGCGUAGAUGUUUUAUCAAGUAAAGGGUACCUAAACGCGAUGCUAGCAAUGGACUUGUGUCAAAUGGUAACUCAAGGCUUGUGGAAUAACGAUAAUGGUUUGAAGCAAAUACCAUUUUUUAAUGAUAACAUCAUUGAAAAAUGCAAAGAACAGAAGGUCCACUCAGUUUAUGACAUCAUGGAGCUUGACGAAAAUGUCCGAGAAGACAUCCUGAAAGGCUUGUCGACGACACAAGUGUCAGAAGUUGCAGACUUUGUCAACAAAUAUCCAAACCUGGAGAUAACUUAUCGUUUAGAAGGUGAUGUUUUUGCUGGAGAAAACAAAGAUAUUGAAAUAGAGAUAAGCAGGGAUGAAAGCGUCGAGGAUCUUUCUAUUGUUUCCUCGACGUACCCUACAAAAAAGUUUGAAGGUUGGUGGAUAGUAAUUGGAAACACAGCGAAUAAUGAGUUGUAUUCAAUCAAAAAACUGACCAUUACCAAAGAAAACCAAAAAGUAAGAAUGGAUUUUACAAUUCCUGAAGCAGGUAAGCACAAUGUGUAUAUUUGGUGCGUUUGUGACUCCUAUCUCGAGGCAGACAAACAGGUCGAAAUCAAAGAUCUGACUGUAAAGGAUGUCUGAUUCUAUGUACCAUACUUGUAUAUUAAGGUCGACUGAUGAGGUACUUGAUAAAGAAAAAUAAAUUCAUAUAAAUUUGAG